AUGAAUCGUCAUCAAUUUUUGGGAAGUACAGAUUUAGGUAUUUCCAGUUCAUUAUUGAUCAAUUAUAAUGUACCAACAAAAAUUCCUGAUGGAAUCAAAUUGAAUCGAAUCAAACAUCAAAAUGAUCUGAUCCUAAUCGAAUUGGGUACUUUACUGACUUCAGAUGAAUGCGAUGAAAUUCUCAGUAAUAUUCGACAACAAACAUUUGAACAGAUGUCCAAGAAAUAUGAUGUUCGAAAACGAAAUAGUUCUCGAUUAGUAAUCAUGGAUGAUCGAUUAGGUCGAACAUUAUGGCGACGUUUAAAAUUCAGUAAUAAAUUAACAAAGUUAGUUCGUCAUGCACAACCGUUAGGAUUCAAUGUUCAAGGUCAAUGGACAAUGAGUGGAGUUAACCCGGCUAUGCGAUUGAAUAAAUAUAAUCAUGGAGAUUAUUUCGGUCUACAUAAAGAUGCUCAAUAUGCUCCUAGUGGUGAUGAACGAUCAUUAUUGAGUUUAUUGAUUUAUUUGAAUGAUAAUUAUGAAAAAGGUGAAACAAAAUUUUACUUUCCUAAACAAUCAGCGAAAUCCGAUGUGAAAGGAUUGACCAUUGCAGAAGAAAUCGAAGCUUAUGGUGGACUAGAAAAUGGUUUUGAAUGUAUUACAUUAAAACCAAAGAAAGGUUUUGCUGUUCUAUUUACACAUAAUCUCUUACAUGAAGCAACACCACCAGAAAUACUGAAUCCGCUUGUUCAAACUGAACGUCUAGUACUGCGAACCGACGUACUAGUGAAAAGAAAAGAGAAACCAUUGGGAUUUGCCAUAUGUCCAGAAGAGAAAGAAGAUUAUCUUGCUUGUUUGAAUUUUUUUCGUGAAGCUCAACAGAAUGAAGUUGAAAGUUACAACGAUUCUGACAUGGCUGUCGAUAAAACAGUGAAAACAGGAGAACUCUAUGAACGUUCAUUAUCAAUUCGAUAUUGUUAUCCACGUUUACUUGAAUCCAAAUUGAAACAAUCAGCCGUGAAUAAAGUCGAAGAAAAAUCACUCAUUCAUCAGCUACCAUCUGAACUUUGGCUUCAUAUAUUCAAACAUUUGCAUGAACAAGAUAUUCAACAUUUAAUCUUUGCCUUUCCACAGUUUCAAAUGUUGAAAAUUGUUUGGGAUGCACAAGAAACAAAAGCUUUUAUCGCUGAUCCAGCUCGACCGAAAUUUAUUCCAACCAUUCAAACUCAAUACGGAAGUCAAACUUUAUUUCGUUUUUCUAAUUCAGAUUUUUUCUAUCAACAUAUCGAUGGAUGCUGUCGAGUAGCGGCUGUUUAUGCUUUCUUUCUACUAGGACAUGGAAAAGGUUCAACGAUGUACAUCGUUCGAUACGAUCGAAAUACUCAAGAAGUAUGCGAAGUACACAUGGAAAGAGUCUUGGCCGAUGCAUUCUACAAUCGAAAUUGCUAUGGUUCUUUAUAUCGAGUGGAACAAAAAGAGAAAGAAAGACGUCAGCCAAAAGUUGAUUUUGAUCAUAGUGUUGAUCGGACAUAUUUAACAAAUCGACAUCAAUCACAAUUUAUUGGACAAGAUCUUUUAUCAUGCAUUCAUCUAACGAUAGAUGAUUCCGAUUCAUUGGAUUUGGAAGCAAGCGAUGAUGAAAAUCGAUCAUAUAGAUCAAGACUGCUAUAUGAUCAACGUCAGCAUGCUUGGGCUACCGACAGGAAUUAUCUAGUUAAUCAAGAUUUUAGAUCACAAGAUUUCGAUCAUGUAAAAGAUACGGCAUUAAGUUAUAGGGAACAUUUACUCAAACAGACUGAACAAGACUCAGGAACAAGUCUAUUUCGAAUGAUAUCUUCCAAAGAUCCUUUCAUGGAACCAGCUUGUCAUUGUGGAAUGGGUGGCAGCUAUCGAUUCGAAAGAGUUCGAGGUUUGUUACGCUUCUACAAUCAUCUUAUUUUCGAUUUUGAUACACAUCAAUUGACUGUUGAACAAUUGUCAAAUAAAGCAUUAUCUGAUUCUGUGUUGUACGAUUAUACUUACAUAUUAAAAGAUUUAGUUCCGAAAGACAGUCCAAUUUCGUUUUAUCGUGUGAAUAUUGAACAGUUGGCGAAGAAAACAAAAGGUUUCAAUCAUGCAUCGUGUCAAUGUAAUUACCCUCAUGUAAAAGUUGAUCAAUUUUCAUUUCUUGAUUACACACAAUUGUCAUAUGUUAAUUUAGCUGUUACUAAACGCAGUGACGACGUCUUUGUUUUAGCUACAUAUGGUGGAAUUGCUGCUUUCUAA